AACCAAGGAGCUAAAUGGAUAUUAUAUUAUAGAAUAUAUCCAAUGAGAAGUCCUUCAUAUCUGCUCCUCCGCUGAAGGAAGCUCCUAAUCAAUGGCUUCCCAAAUGGCCAUUUUCACUCGAGCCCGUACUCUCAUCAAGACCACCACCACCACCACCACCGUUAUCGACUCCAGCCCCUUCUUCAAGACCAUCUCGACCUUCACAUUCCUCUCCCAGGAGCCCCAGCUCGCCGAGGCAACUCACUCCCAGCCAGCUGCAGCCUCAACUCCUCUGCCUCCCAACCCAGCCUCCGUAAGUCCUCUCUACAAUGAGAACUGGCGGAACCCGAUUCCCAAUUCGUCCCUGACUCAGUCACCGAUCCCCCUGGGGUUUCUCCAUCAAUCCCCGAGCUCUCGCUUCCAGGCCCUUUUCCAAAUCCACGAUGUCCAGAGCUUGAUGAACGUCUUUAAUGAUUGGAUGACCUCCCAGCGCUGGGACGACAUGAAGCAACUCUUCGAGUUCUGGCUUCGGGCUCUCGACAAGGCCGGCAAGCCCAACAAGCCUGAUGUCAAUCUCUACAACCAUUAUUUGAGGUCCAACUUGAUGACCGACGCCACGGCCGCCGAGUUGCUCGACCUCGUCGCCCAGAUGGAGGACUAUGCGGUCCUUCCCAACACGGCGUCUUUCAACUUGGUCCUCAAAGCCAUGUACAAGGCCAAGGAGACUGUGGCCGCCACCAAAUUGCUCGAACGGAUGAUGCAGACAGGGAAAGAUUCCCUGCCUGAUGAUGAGUCAUAUGACUUGGUUAUUGGCAUGCUGUUUUCGACGGAUGAAAUUGAUGCUGCCUUGAAAUAUUUAGAUGUGGCUUUAAAAUCUGGCUAUAUGUUAUCAAUGAAGGUGUUUACAGAAUGUGUGCGGAGCUGUGUUAAUAAGAGCAGGCUUGAUACGUUGGUUUCAAUUAUUGAGAGGUGCAAGACAAUGGAUCAGAACAAAGCUCUUUGUCCUACCUGGAACUUGUGCAACUAUAUUUCAGAAAUUGCCAUGCAAGGAGAUAAUAGCAAGUUAGCAUACUAUGCACUGGAAUUUAUGGCCAAAUGGAUUGCUCGGGGUGAGAAAGUGAGGCCAGCUGUUCUGCUUUCUGUAGAUGAAGGAUUAGUUUUGUCGGCACUGGGAACUGCUGCUAGAACCUACAGCUCUUCUCUCCUGGAUGCAUCAUGGGCAAUCCUACGACGCUCUUUGUGUGAAAUGAAGGCCCCUAACCCGGAAUCUUACCUUGGGAAGAUAUAUGCUCUCACAUCACUGGGAAAUCUGCAGAGGGCUUUUGGUACUCUAAAUGAAUUUGAGUCAACUUAUGGUAAUUCCAAUAAAGAAGCAGAACAAGAAAUGUUCUCUCCCUUUACCUCUCUACAUCCAUUGGUCGUGGCAUGCUCAAAAAAGGGUUUUGAGACUUUGGACUCAGUAUAUUUUCAACUGGAGAAUUUGAGCCGUGGACAUCCUCCCUACAAGUCUGUUGCUGCUUUAAAUUGCAUAAUUUUAGGUUGUGCAAAUAUAUGGGACCUUGAUCGUGCCUACCAAACUUUUGAGGCAAUCGGUUCUUCUUUUGGAUUGACCCCUGAUAUUCAUUCAUACAACACUCUGAUGUAUGCAUUUGGGAGACUCAAGAAGACAUUCGAAGCCUCUAGAGUUUUUGAGCACUUGGUAAGUUUGGGUGUUCAACCAAAUGCAAUGUCAUAUUCAUUGCUUGUUGAUGCUCAUCUCAUCAACCGAGAUCCAAAGGCUGCUCUCUCUGGGAUCGACGAGAUGGUAACUGCUGGAUUUGUACCAUCAAAAGAAAUGCUUAAAAAGGUUAGAAGGAGAUGUAUUCGUGAGAUGGACUAUGAGAGUGAUGACCAAGUGGAUUCCCUGGCUAGAAAGUUCAAGAUUCGAAUGGGUACAGAGAAUCGCAGGGACAUGCUGUUCAAUCUUGAGUACAACACCAAUUUUUCCAGAUAGGCCUGGCUCUCUUUGGUCCAGGAAAUCUCACUCCUGAAAAUUAGAUCACCAGAUUCACAAGUAUUUUUUCUAGCUUCUCUCAGAGAGAUUUCAUCCUCUGUAAAUUAUCAGAUAGGACUCAAAAAUUUGAGUCCUGGCUGGAUGCGUUAGAAUCAGAGCCUCCUAAAGGCGUAUUUAUACUUCUUUCACCUUAUUCCUGUAUUCUCUCCAUGCUUUCUGAGGAAAACUAGAGGGCAAUGACUUUCUAAGCGAGAAAAGGUUGGAAUCAAGAAUUCUAGGGGAAACCCAGUUAUUCAAGAUAUCUAGAGUGUAGGCUUUUCCAUUUCCCUGUCAAUACUCUGGCUUUUUAUGUCAUUGGAGUGCAAUAACUGAGUGAUAAUAACUUGCUUGAUUGUUGGGACUGACUUCUGUUAUCCUAUGUC